UUGUUUUCUUAGCCCACAUCUCUCUCUCUCUCUCUCUCUCUCUCUGAAUUUUCUCUGGAUCCAUCUCUGCUACUGGUCAUAGUGAACUACUCCGUUUGACAAGUUAAUUUGGAGAGGCCAGCAAAUGGAAGUGGAGUCCUGUGUCCCUCCAGGUUUUAGAUUCCACCCAACAGAAGAGGAGCUUGUGGGUUACUACCUAACAAGGAAAAUUUUUUGCCAGAGGAUUGAUAUGGAGGUUAUCACAGACAUAGACCUCUAUAAAAUUGAGCCAUGGGAGCUCCAAGAUAGAUGCAAGCAUGGGUACGAGGAGCAAAAUGAGUGGUAUUUCUUCAGUCAUAAGGAUAAAAAGUAUCCAAGCGGAACUCGCACAAAUAGGGCCACAGCUUCUGGAUUCUGGAAAGCAACUGGGAGAGACAAGGCCAUUUUUUCUAAGUCUUCUAAAGUAAUUGGAAUGAGGAAGACACUUGUCUUCUAUGAAGGCCGAGCGCCACAAGGCAGAAAGUCAGACUGGAUCAUGCAUGAAUAUCGACUUCAUACAAAUGAACUAGCACCUAAUUCUCAGGAAGAAGGAUGGGUUGUAUGCCGAGCAUUCAAAAAACAAAGUCCGAAUCCAAGGCAAUGUUUUGGAAUUUACAAUCCAAGCUAUUUACUUAGAGCUCAAACCCGUUAUGAAUGCGCUCCAAUGGGGACAGAAACCAGCUUUAGUUAUGAAACAUUGCAUGGAUUUGGAAUUGAGACUGAAUCGAAGGAGAAGCGCAAUGUAAUCGAGAUCCCACAGCUUGAAACUAACUGCAUAAUAGACUGGAAGUUAUUGGACAAGUUAUUGGCAUUGCAGCCUAGUGAGUCAGCUUCUUGUUCUAACUCUGAACACAAAAAUGGCUGUUAUGAAUGA